AUGUCCGACGGCCGUCUGACGCCGCGGCCUGCUCUGUACGAAACUAAGCCGAGCAGAUCCGGUCGUGGUGCAGCCUACGCUUGUUCAGAAGCUGAAGGCAAUGGUCCAAAGUCCUGCUGUGGCAGACCCCCGUUAAGGCUCUGCGUCCUGUUCUUGGGAGUUGUUGGCGCGUGUCUUGUCGCAGCUGGUGCAACCCUCGGAGCUUUAAGACCUCAUCCAACGCCACUCACAUUAAUACUUCUAAUGAUAGGCAUUGGUGUGGUGUUAGUGACAGCGGCUGGUCUAGCAUGGCGAUUGGGAGCCCGCGACGCACCAUGUGCGCUGUUCGGUUUACGGCGAGCAUCUUGCAGACGGCUGGUACCCCGUCUCCCACCGAGCUACGCCAGACCUCAUCAUCCAUAUGCCGCGAUGCUCUACCCUGAGUUCCACUAUCGCCCGCCGCCGCCAACUUAUCAAGCUUCAAUGCAGGAGUACAGACUUAGGUUACUUCUCCUAGAUAGAAGUGCACCGGUGGUAUCACCACCUCCAACCUACAGAUCGAAUUCAGCAAGUCUAGUCAGAGGUUCAACGGGAGCAGCUUGGUGCGGCUCUGAAUACAGCGGUCCGCCAUCUUACCGCACGCCGCGUGUAGAUCCGCCGACAGCCACAGACAAUCUCCCCACAAUCGCUUCCACAGACCUCAAAUAUUCUAACGAUAUAGAACCUCUACCUAAACCACAAGAACAAGAAAAGGACCCAGAUGAACACCUUGUGACAAUCGUUCAUACCGAUGCCCAGCCCGUCAUAGUUACUGUGUCUGGAUCAACAGCUCUGAACGACUCGCAUACACCGCCUUCAGAAAUCGACAUUCUAGCUCACUUAUAA